CCCCACAGGGACCUGACGGUGUCACGGCCGCUGCGCGUGGAGCUGCCGCGCUCCAUGGCCGACGUGGUGACCAACUGGAACCUGCCCAUGUCCCACUGGCUGCGCACCUAUGUGUUCCAAACGGCGCGGCGCUUGGGGACCUUCGCGGCCGUGUUGGGCACCUAUGCGGCCAGCGCCUUGCUGCAUGGUCUCAGUUUCCACCUGGCCGCUGUUCUCCUCUCACUCGGCCUCAUCACCUACGCGGAGCACGCCCUGCGGCAGCGCCUGGCGGCCAUCUUGGAUGCCUGCGUCCUCUCGAAGCACUGCCCCUCCGGCUGCGCCCACCGCAAUAAGGACGCACUGUGGGUUCAGGCGUUGAAUGGGGCACUGGGGGUCCUCGCCCUCUUCCACCUCUCCUAUUUGGGGGCCCUCUUUGACGUGGAGGCAGAUGACAGCGUUGAGGAGCAGCGUGCCCCACACCGUGAAAUAGGGGUGAAGCCCAACCUGUAAAUGGGGAAGAAUGGUCCUAAAAUAAAGAGAGAGGAGCACUAGAUGGA